AUGACAUCAGAUAUACAGCUGCCCACUAGAACUCCCCCCGGGGAUGAUGACAUCAUUCCAGAGAAAGCCGAGGUUGCCAAGUCUCCGUCCAGUACCCGGGACAGGCUAUGGAGCUUCCUGAAGAUUGUACUACAAUUUCUUGGUGCACUUCAGAUCUUAAUUGGCCUGAUUAAUACCAGCUUAUGGAUGAAAUGGGUCUCGUGGAUGUCAGUGAAACAGCUAGAGAGAGGACAUCUUGAAAUCUUUGCCUCAGGCUAUGCACUGUGGGGAGGACUGAGUUUCACUAUCUCGGGCAUUUUCACACUUAUUUCCACAAAGAUAUUCUCCAAAGUUCUGGUAAAAUGCUGCCUGGCAGCGAGUAUCCUAAGUGCAUUUGCUGCACUGGCUGGGAUAAUCAUAAUUCACUUCAACAUGAUUGCAAAUCACAGAUGCCAGUGGUAUGAUGCCGAUCCGAGCUGCUACAGGAACACUGUCACUAUCACUAGCUUUAUCUUGGGGAAGCUCACAAUGGCUACUAUGGAGUUCUGCAUCUCAACCUUCCUUAUCGCCCUUUCUGCCUUUCAGAUCAAGGUUCCUGAAGACAAAUCAAUAAGCAUCUCAAUGGAAAAUCCUUAUGAAGACCUGCUCUUUCAACCUGAUCCUUAUGAUGAGAUACAGCCUGAGCAAGAAGGAUAUGAGCAAUGCAACCCUUAA